UUAUAUCGUGUUAUUGCGACUCUAAACGCAUCAACUGUUCAAUAAUCCGGAUCCUGCGUAUUUGUGACGCAGUUAGAGCCGGUGUCAAAGCACUGAGGCUGCGCACGAGCAGCGCAUACUUUACAUACACCAAUACAGCGGGCCAACAGUUAUGACGUCAUCAGCACUGCGACAGCGGAAUAACAUUGGCACGAGCGCAUUGCAGGAGGGAUUGAACAAAAUCACUGGCAUAUAAACAGCACAGAUUUUUCACUAACAAAUCACAGUGGGUCAUACAGUGUCAGAAAUCCCCUCUGUUUCAGACACUGAACACAUCCACGAAGCGAGCUGAGGACCAGAACACACUGUGGGACGAACAGUUCGUGCACCAGGCUUCACCAGAGACCGUAUCAUGUCAUUACUUGUAACCUACAUUAGCUCAUAAAAGUACAAUACUUAGGAAAAAACAUGUUCGACUGAGAUCAUUGGGCUUGAGAGGACUUCAUUGUCUCCUCAUUCAGAAACAGGAACGAAGAGGGACACAGAGAACAGUCCAUUCGUAACUCAGCUGCUCUGUGUGUGUGUGUGUGUGUGUGUGUGUGUGUUUCUCUCCCUCGUGUGUAGUAGCUGAAGGUGAUGGCGUUGAGGCGUGCAGAGGUUCUGGCUCUGUAUUGGCGAGUUCUUCGGAUCGCUCGCAGCUGGCAGGCUCAGUCAGGACUCACACGUGAUACAGAAGCUGAGAGUAAAUAUAUCACACAGGAGGCACGUUCUCUGUUCAGACAGAACCAACACCUGACAGACCCAGUGUUAAUCAGUAACUGUAUAGCCGAGUGUGAGGCUCGAAUAGAGAUCGGACUGCAUUACAGAAAUCCAUACCCCAGACCAUUAUAUCUUCCUCCGAUGGGUUUGGCCACUCAGAAAGGCAGAAAGCUUCGUGCACAGCAGCGACUCAGGAAACAAGCCAAGCCUGUAUACUUACAGUCCCAUGAUGAGACAUAACGCGUACACACACACUGUCUGUAAAUUGAUUCUGUAUAUACUGCUAUGUUCAAUAAAAUAAUGUUUGAGUGUUUUAAAUGAAAUAUGAAA